GAACCCAGACAAUGUAUACCACCACAGGUACAGUACAAAUAAGAUAUUAAUAAAAAAACACAUGUAAAUUUAUAUAUGUUUUGUUAGCAUUAUAGAAUUAUUGCCAAUAAAACAAGCGAAGGAUUUAGUGCCUGGUUUUUGUUGCUCGGAGUUGUUUCGGGUACGUCUAGUUUUUUAAACAUUAUACUAUUACAAUGGGAUGCUGUCAUGUGUUGCAAAUCGCUUACAACAGGUGCUUGUAUCGAGGGAUUGAUGGGUAUCGUUCAAAUCGGACUUCAAUGGGCCUGCUUUUGUUUAGUUUUCACUCUAUUUUUACUUUACUUUCCUGAAAGCAAAAAGCGUGAAAUUCAUUCACCUACUUUGGUGGUAGACUUACCAAGCAAGUUAGAAACCCCUAUUACCAACGAAUGGCGAGUUUCUUUGAUUGUUGCUGCUACGUGCAUAGGUCAUCUUGCUAUUUCAUUCUUUAUCUCCGUGAUACUUUUAGUGUUUGUGGGAGGACCUGAGCACUGGCAAACAAACUAUUGGGCUGCCUUUUUAGGAGUUUUGAGUAUGGUCCUUGCUUCACUCCAAUAUUUGCCUCAAAUUUACAAGACAUGGAAAAGCAAGACUGUAGGAGCUUUAAGUAUACCUAUGAUGAUGUUACAAACUCCCGGUACGGUACUAUUCGUGUACUCUUUGGUUGUACGCCCCGGAACCAACUGGACCGCAUGGCUCACUUAUAUGGUUACCGGCAUCUUACAAGGCACCCUCUUAACUUUGUGUAUCACUUGGCACUUUAGAAAUAAGCGACUUGGUAUCCGAGAUCUUGACACUCCUGCCACAGAUGUAGAUGCUACGGAAACAACUCGUCUUUUACAAUAAAAAACCAUUUUUAUUUUACUGUA